AUGGGCAACAUUGUUAGAAUGCUUCAAAGGUUGCUGCAAGCCAGCGAGAAUCUCGAUAUCCCGAAUAUAGGAACAAACAGAGGAGGCAGACCAGGACCAGCACCGGCAGCGAAACCGGGAAAGGGAUCGGGAUCAGCACCGGGAGGAGGCAAAGGAAAGGGCAAGGCACCUGCGACGAAUCCAACCAAUCCGGCGGGAACGAGUGGAACGAACUUGGGCGGAAAUGAUGAUUUUUAUCCGGAAGCUACGACGCCAACUCCAGCUUCGAAAAAGCCGGCACCUCUUGACGUUAGCGAUUUGCAAUUUCUCUACUUGCAAAACCGGUUGUUGCAUAAACAACUACGAAAGGAGAUG